UGAAUUAUUAUCCGAAAAAAUAGCCGUACAAAAUGACCUAGACUAUAUUUAAUUUUCUUCAGAAGCUUUUCUGUCGUUUUGGAAGAGAGGGAGGCUUGUUCAAUCCGUGCGCUAAAAGCAUCUGAUUCCACUCCUUGCCAAGAGCACCGGUAGUUAGACCAUUAACCGUAGUCUCCGAUAAUGAUUUAUAUAAUAAGGCUACAGGCCCACGACAGCAACGUUUGUCUUUUUGUGGAAUUAUGAUCAUUUCGAACGGAAAAGCCAGUCAACUUGUCUUCUGGCCCCCUCCGGCAUUGUCCUUCGCUGUCCAUGGUGCUGAAAGUGUUCCCCUGAAAAGUCAUGCUGACGAGUGGUCAAAUAGGCGUACGGUAUUUCAAUGCAAGUUGAGAGAGAGAGACUGGUAAUUAUGGCCUGAAGACUUAAAGGGUCUAUCCUUAGCCAAGUUGAAACCAUAACAAAGCCACAUCCUGCCUCUGUUUUGGUAAAAAGCUGAGGGAUGUGCCUGGGAAAUAUAACCACUCUCAAAUUCAUAGACCAAGCUAUGGAUGCAAGGACUGAUCAUCCAAUAUAUACAAAUUGUAGUUUUAAGCAUGGUUUCAGGCUAUAGGCUACAGUGUUUGUUUACAUUUACAAUGUUUACAAGCUUAAAGUUUGGGUUAUGUUGAGGUUUUACAGUUGUUCUUCAAGAAUCAAUGGGGUAUGUAACAUUCACUAUAAGUCCAAAAUUAGAUGUAGCAACUGGAGAUUGACCCUUUAAGGUCUAGGCUAACUCAUAACUCAUCAAAGAAACUCUCCCUCCCUCUUCCUCUCUCUCACUCCCUCUUCCUCUCUCUUGCUCUUUCUCUCUCCCUCUGACAAAUGACGCUCUGUAAAUGGUAAAUUAGUGAGAGUUGAUCACAUGACCGGCCGGCCGAACCUGUCUUGUGCUCCGCACCAGUGUCGCAUUGAUUUUCAACUGCAGUUCAUAAUCCUCAUGGCUAAAACACCCACAUGGGAAUUCAUUUGUUCUGUUUCAAUUUAACCGAAUCUAACGACGUUUUUCCCCAUCACCUGCUGAGUGAGAUAUUUGUGAGUAAGAUAUUUGUUUUUACCUCAUUUUAAACUUUCUUUGGUGAAAACAUCAGUCUUAUUUGAGAGGUAGCCUUUAACCUCGUUGAGGUCCCCAAAUGAAGGUUGAGGGUUUAGCUGAAGGCAGGGCUGGGGGUAACCCCUGCCCUGGUCCUGCCAGCCAGUGCUGUAUCUCGCGACUACUAAGCGUGGUGGAGAGCGAGUUGCAAGCGGGGCGCGAGAAGGGGGACCCCACGGAGAAGCAGCUGAAGGUGACGCUCGAGGAAGCGGAACUGUGGCGGAAGUUUAAGGAAGUCACCAAUGAGAUGAUAGUCACCAAGAGCGGCAGGAGGAUGUUUCCAGUGCUGAAAGUGAGUGUAUCGGGUCUGGACCCCAACGCCAUGUACUCCUUCCUGCUGGACUUCCAGCCAGCUGACAGCCAUCGCUGGAAGUACGUUAACGGGGAGUGGGUUACAGCCGGUAAACCGGAGCCUGCCGGUAAUGGUUGUGUGUACAUCCAUCCCGACUCACCCAACUUCGGAGCCCACUGGAUGAAGGCACCUGUCUCCUUCAGCAAGGUCAAACUCACCAACAAGCUCAACGGAGGUGGACAGAUCAUGUUGAACUCUCUCCAUAAGUAUGAACCUCAGCUCCACAUUGUGAGAGUGGGCGGAAGCCACCGAAUGGUCACUAACGUCUCUUUCAGCGACACACAGUUCAUCGCUGUCACUGCCUACCAGAAUGAAGAGAUCACCGCUCUGAAGAUCAAAUACAACCCGUUCGCUAAGGCUUUCCUGGAUGCCAAAGAGAGGAACCACCCGAACAGUCCAUUGGAGUCCCCAUUUGAUAGCCAUAUGGGAAUUCAACACUGUGGCUGGUUUCUGUCUAACCCAGACUCGCUGUGUUCAGGUGGGGGUCCUAGUUUCCCCUAUAGCGGGGGUCUGCCUCUCGCCCCCCCUCAUGGGUACAAGCACUACCCCCCCAGGCCAGCUCCCUACCCCCCCUCCUACCUGCCGCACCGCACGCACCCUUCUGUCUCUCUGUCUGAGGGGCUACAGGUGUUGUCUGGGGGUCCUGAUGGCUGGUCCAGUGUCUCCUCCCCGGGCCCCUCCUCCUCAGCCCUACCCGUGACCACACCCUCCUCACCCCCGUCCACCAAUAGCAACAGUCAGUACCCUUGUUUGUGGACGGUCGGGCGUACAGACGGGAGUCCUGCCUCUUCUCCCUGCGCCCAGCUUCACGGACCAAUCAACAGUGAGAGCCACCCACAGCCACCCAAUCACGUCCGGCUGGGCGGGCCCGGUUGGCCACCUGUCUCCAGCCAUUCCUUCUAACAAACUAUGUGAUUGGUCGAUGCCCACAUGGGCAUGAUCAAUACUGCCCUGGGACCCGGCCCUGGAAGCCCUUUAAUGAACACAUCUUAGAUAAUAGGCGUUCCUCUGCCCAGGCGUUGCCAGAUGUUACAUCUUCUGGAAAGGUAUUUUAAGUAUCAGCUAACCACAUCAUAUUUCAUAGCAACCUGAUGCCCGACAGCAGUCGAUGACGUGGCACGGAACCACUGGUUGAUGAAUGCAACGUCUGAGCAGGGGAAGGCGACCAACGUGUGUGCGCAUGUGAUGCCUGUGUUAGUGUGUGUGCACCUCAAAAAACGAAGGCCUAGAUUCAAUCAGAUCAAGUGUUAACCGGCAAAAGCAGACACCUGCAUAGCGGAUGUUUUGCCUUUGCUGGAGGUGGAUCUGCGUUGGAGCUGUCAAAUCGGCGAGCAGCUGCUCUUU